CGAAACGGAUAUCAUUGAAUAGUGCAAUUUCCAUCGACACAAACGAGACAUCGAUAAAAGUACUGCCAUGGAUUGCGGAGGAGUAUUUGUAAAAUAUGUGCUAUUCAUAUUCAAUAUACUGUUUGUGAUAUGCGGCAUUUUGCUCAUCACCUUCGGUUCCAUCAUGGUGGCGUCCAUCAAGGACUUCUCCAAGUUCGAUGAAACCUUCACCGCCAACAGCGUGGCCAUCAUCAUCUUGGUCCUGGGAUGCCUCAUCUUCUUGGUGGCCUUCAUGGGCUGCUGCGGAGCCAUUCGCGAGAACGCCUGCUGUCUCACAACGUACUCCGUUGUCAUGCUGGUGUUGCUGAUCAGUCAGCUGGCCCUGAUCAUAUACGUGUGGAUUGACCAUGUGCAGAUACAGACAUCGCUGGAGAAGAUUGUUCAGACCAUUUGGGAUCAACGAAAAACGGACUCCCUACUCUUGGACACAAUGCAGCGAUCCUUCAAGUGUUGCGGCCUGCAUGGAUUCGCGGACUACGGCAUUUCGUAUCCUGCCUCCUGCUGUGACUCUCCCUCUAAUGGCAGCUGCGGCAUUACGCAGGUGGCGACCCGACCCAGUUGCCUGACUUCCAUUGAUUCCUUCUGGAAUACCAAUGUGAAUAUCAUUAAGUACGCCGGCCUGGGUGUGACUGUCGUUGAGCUUGUGGCAUUUAUUUUCGCCUGCUGCCUAGCCAAUCAGACGCGCAACUCUCAGAGACGCCAGAACUACUAAGCAUCAAACACGAAGCAUUAAUUAACUAAGUACUAAGACUAAUUCCCGACUUCAAGCAGGAAGCCAGUAAAUAUUUGAUCCAAUAAAGAAAUUCCUGCUAGAUAAUGCAACAAGUAA